ACUGACGAAGAAGAAAUCAACUUCCGGGGUUGGGUUUGUACGUUUCUUCUUUGACUUACAGUCAGGGGCCAGUGACAGUAUAAAUUUAGGGAAGUACGUUAGUAGUAUUACUAAUAUUAUUUUCCUUGUCCUUAAUAGUACGACUUUUAUAAGUAAUAUCAGCUGACCGUUCGUACUGUCUAAGACUCAUCGCCCGGAGCGCCUUAAGUGACGCAACAUGGCAGCAGCUGCUGUCAAUAGGACUUUUUUCUCAGCACUCAGGACACGGACUCUGUGUCAGAAAAGUGGGUUCAACGCUUCGGCAGAAAGGACAGUGAGCCGCGUGUCCUCCGCUGUGAUAUGUACCCACAGAGAACCACGAGGAGACACAAGCCUGGACCUAAGAGCCCCUGCGUGGGACAAACGAGGCGGUCGGGAGAGGAGCAGCUCGUCCCUGGUUCAGGCGCUGUCGUUGGGGCUGGGGUUUUGUAGUGUGGCCGCUUUGGACAGAGAAAAGGACGACAAAAGGACGGACAGAGGAGACUCAGUGUCCCGACGCGUUCUCCAACUCCUCUUGCCGUCAGCUCAGUGCGCUUCUCCCUUUAAGCCUGACAGCCCUCGGUACAAAUACAACUUCAUUGCAGAUGUGGUCGAGAAAUCCACUCCAGCCGUGGUUUACAUUGAAAUUGUAGACAGGCACCCACUGACUCGAAGAGAAGUCCCAGUGUCCAAUGGCUCUGGUUUCAUCAUCAGCAGUGAUGGUCUCAUUGUCACCAACGCCCAUGUUGUGGCAAACAAGAGAGGCGUCCGCGUGAAGCUCACCAACGGAGACAUGUACAAUGCCACUGUGCGAGAUGUCGACCCAGUGGCAGACAUCGCCACCAUCAAAAUCACUGCAAAAAACCCCUUACCCACACUCACUCUUGGCCGAUCAGCUGAGGUUCGACAAGGAGAAUUCGUGGUUGCCAUGGGGAGCCCGUUUUCUUUACGGAAUACAAUCACGUCAGGAAUCAUCAGCUCAGUACAGCGAGGCAGUAAGGAGCUGGGCCUGUCGCACUCCAACAUGGAGUACAUCCAGACAGAUGCAACCAUAGAUUUUGGAAACUCUGGAGGUCCCCUGAUUAACCUGGACGGGGAAGUCAUUGGUAUAAACACCAUGAAAGUCACUGCUGGGAUCUCUUUUGCUAUUCCAUCUGACCGCGUCAGACUUUUUCUUGAUCAAGCCACGAAAAGAAAAAGUUCUGAGACCAAGCGGCGUUACAUUGGAGUGAUGAUGCUGACACUGACUCCAAGCAUCAUUGCUGAGUUGAAGUGGAGGGACCCUUCCUUCUCACAUGUGACACAUGGCAUCCUGAUCCAUAGAGUCAUUGCUGACUCCCCAGCUGACAGAGCUGGAAUGUUACAAGGAGAUAUUGUGGUGGAGAUCAACGGGGUGAAGGUGAACGCUUCAGAGGAGAUCUAUCAGGCUGUCCAGAACAGCAACACAAUCACCGUGGUGGUACAGAGAGGAAACAAGCUGCUUCGACUGCAAAUGACUCCUGAGUACACAGAGUGAUCUUAAAAAUCAGUUUGACUUUAAUGCUGGAUGACAAACAUGAGUCUGUUGUUAUCUACAAGAAAAAAACUGUAAAACCUUUAAUACUCCAGUCUCAGUUAAGUAUUUAAAUGAUGCUUCUAAAGAAAUGACAGUAAUGCCAUUCCAAAUUAAGUGUUCAGCACUAUGAUAUCUACUGUACAUCCAUCAACAGUUCAGUAUUUAUGCCCAGAAUUCUUUGAGUACAAAAAUGUUUUCUACCUUCUUUGCCGUUA